CACAGGUAAUAAGAAAUCAAAAGUAAAAGUGAAAUCUCAGGGAACGAAAGGUGCGGCUGCUUUUAUUUUUAAAUCAAGAGCCAUUCGCAAGCAUUCUUACAAUUUUCUUACCAGUUUACUCGGUUUUAAAUGUGAAGACAAAACCAAGAGACAAAAAAUAGAAUUCCCCAGAAAAUCAAAUCAGAAAGAUGAAGACUUACAUAUCAGCUCGAUUUUUCAUGUUGAUGGCUACUGUACAGCUGUGCAGAACAAAGACAGGUGAAAACAAGUUUUCAUUGGUAGCUUCAUCACCGUCUGUUUUUGGUUAUGUUGGGAAGGAUAUUGUUCUGCCAUGUGCUUUGUCAGCAAAUAUCAGUGCAGAGGGAAUGGAGAUCAGAUGGCUGAAGAAAGAGAAGCAGAAUUCAAUAAUUAUAUUUAUAUCACAGGAGAAUAAUGAAAAUGAACUGAACAAACUUUACCAGGGAAGGACUGAGCUCCUCAGAGAAGGUGUGAGGAAGGGGAAUUUGUCUCUCCUUCUAAAAAGUGUCAAAAUCUCUGAUCAAGGCAACUAUACUUGCUCAGUUAUUACCUCAGAAUGGUUUUCGGAUGCUUCCCUUACCUUGAACGUUAUUGCUACUGGCAGCACACCACUCAUAUCCUUGGAUGGACACCAGGGUGCUGGAAUUGGUGUUUCCUGCAUAUCUGUUGGAUGGUUCCCUGUUCCUCAAGUAAAGUGGUUAGAUGGUAAACAUGAAGAUAUCUCUGUUCGUUCAAACACUAAAUUCGUGUUGGACCAGAAUGGACUGUACAGUGUCAACAGCGACCUUGAGGUUUCUCCAGAAGACAGUGAUGGGAUAAUUUGUCGUGUCAGUGGAGUGCAAAGACAGUCCGAAACAUUUAUAGAAAUCAGAGAGGAGCUAUUCCAGAGCUUUAGGGCAUGGAAGUCUGCUUUUGUUGUUACACUUUUGUUUCUUCUCCUUACUCUUGGACUCCUUGCUGUUGCAACUGUUUAUUGGAUGAAGAAAAGAGGCCAAGAGAAAACAGCUAAACUAGAAGAAUCAGAAAAACUGCUUUUAGAAGAGAAAGAAAGGCUCAUUGAACAUUUAGCAUCUGAGUCUGCAAAGAUUAAAAAAGAUAUAGAAAAUCUCUUUGAGCAUCUGGAAACUACAAAAUCAGACAGUGAAAAAUUAAAACAAGAGUGCUGUGACCUUAACAAUAUAAUAAAAGAACGAGGAUACAUCUCAAGCCAAGAAUUGGAGGAGAUGCGCUCAGUAAAAGUUAAUCUAACAAUAAACCAAGUGAAAUCAUCAAGGAAUGUUAAAGUGUCAGCAGACGGAAAAAAAGUCAGAGCAAAAACAAAAAUCAAGCUAACAGGAUGGGACUGUGCCAUUGCCAAUGAGAGCUUCUUGCCAUAUGCUGGGAGACAAUACUGGGAAGUGAAGGUGGGAGACAUUCCUAAAUGGAGACUGGGUGUCACCAGUGACUCAGACUUUAGUGAAGUAAAAGAUAAGACUAAGGUCAGGAAGAAUUACUGGGCAUUGAAGCGGAAAGAGAAGUUAAUUGCUGUAAAUGAUGAAGGUGAAACAGAGCUGACUUCAAAACAGAAGGCCAGUGUGAUCGGAGUGUUUCUGGAUUAUGGAGGAGAGCUUUCCUUCUAUAAUUUGGAUGACACUUCUCGUAUUCAUGCUUUGAAAUGUAGCACUGAACUCCCCCUCUAUCCUUUUUUUAACUGUGCUAGCACUGACAAAGAUCUUGUUAUUUUGCCUCAGUUAGCAAAUGAAAUGGAAAAGAAACAGACAGAUGACACUACUGCCUAA